UUGGUAAACUCUUCACUUUCUUCUUACAAUCUCUCUUUUCUCUCUCUCAUAUUUACCGGCAUCAUUGUUGUCGGCGUCUCUCACAUUUGCCAGGCUUCGAUUAUUGUCGUCGUCGUCGUCUCUCUCGAAGUCUUACUCUCUCUCUCUCCCUCUCUCUCGAAGUCUCUCUCUCGAAGUCUCUCUCUCUCCCUCUCUCUCGAAGUCUCUCUCUCUCCCUCUCUCUCGAAGUCUCUCUCUCUCCCUCUCUCUCGAAGUCUCUCUCUCUCCCUCUUUCUCGAAGUCUCUCUCUCUCCCUCUUUCUCGAAGUCUCUCUCUCUCCCUCUCUCUCGAAAUCUCUCUCUCUCUUUCGAAAUCUCUCUCUCUCUCUCUCUCUUUCGAAAUCUCUCUCUCUCUCUCUCUCUCUUUCGAAAUCUCUCUCUCUCUCUUUCGAAAUCUCUCUCUCUCUCUCUUUCGAAAUCUCUCUCUCUCUCUCUUUCGAAAUCUCUCUCUCUCUCUCUUUCGAAAUCUCUCUCCAAGUCUCCCCCUCUCUCUCUCUCUCUCUGCAAUUUUAUUUUCAUAAGUUCCUUUCUUUUCUGCUCGCUGUUAAACAUUCAUAACUUUCAACAGAUUUCCUUAUUCGCCGCUUAUCUAUCUCUCUAUUCAUCUUUCCUUGCCUCUCUCUUUGAUCUUCACUCUUUCUUUUUUUUUUUUCUCACUCUCAUUUUUAGGUGUAACCCGCUCUUUCACUUCGAUCUGUUUUACAAAUCCGUAAUCUUUUCUCUCUUCUCUCUAGAUUCCUUUUUGCUCAAUCUUUCCCGAAUACAUAUCUUCAUUGAACGUAACCAACCACUCAACGUUCAGCAUUUCCUCUCCCCCUCUUUUCUUCCAAUUUUUACCUCUUUUUUUACUUUUAUUUAUAUUUUUUACCUUUUCACUUAUCCCCCCCCAGUUUUCCUUCCCAUCAUUCUCUUCCCCCUCCCCUCAUCCCCAAAUACUCGAUGA